ACUGUGGAUAAGGCUCUGGUGAAUUAAAAGGAAUAUGUUCCUUAAGUUCUGCCUGUGGAAGAUGUUCUUCUUCUCUGCAUGGUCACCAACUGGACAUGCUAAAUACAGUAGCCUUCCAGAAGUAGUGAUACCCUUGAGAGUCGCUGUCACUAGCAGAAAUACCAUUUCCUCAGGUUGGCUGUCUUACAGCCUGCACGUUGGGGGACAGAGACACAUAAUCACUAUGAAACCCAAGAAAAACUUGAUAUCCAGAAACUUCAGACUUUUCACUUACACUCAGCAAGGUAAACUCCUUGAAGAGCAGCCUUUUGUGCAGACUGACUGCUACUACCAUGGCUAUGUGGAUGAAGACCCAGGGUCCCUAGUCAUUGUUAACACCUGUUUGGGGAGUUUGCAAGGCAUACUAGAGAUAAAUGGUACAACUUAUGAAAUCAUGCGCAAGAGCUCAACUUCCACAUUUGAACAUCUGGCUUACAAAAUGGACAGUGGGCAGUCAGAAUUAUCUCCCAUGAGAUGCGGGUUAACAGAAGAGGAAAUAGCAAGACAAAUGAAGCUUCAAGAAAGCCCUGCCUCCACACCUUUGCAAAUCCCCUAUGAGAAUUGGUGGACCCACCACAGGUUUAUCGAUUAUUUUGCUAUACUAGAUCAUAAUCGAUAUGUUCAUCGAAAUUACAAUACCACAACUUGUAUUCAAGAUAUGUUGCAAGUAGUCAAUGGAAUAAAUGGUUAUUAUCUUCAAAUUGAAACUGAUGUGGUUUUAACCAAACUUGAAGUGUGGAGUGAAAAGAACCAUGUCAAAGUGGAACAGGGUAUAUCUCAACUCCUAGAUGAUUUCUGUGAUUGGAAGCGAAAGAAGAAAAUAGAUAGACAUGAUAUCGUACACCUUCUUGUCAAACGUAGCUAUGGAAUAAAUUUAGGGAUAGCUUUUGUAGGUUCAGUUUGCCUUUCUUUAAAUUGUGCAGUUAAUAGUUUCACUUCUGAGAAAAUGUUAGACACGGCAUUUGUGGUAGCCCAUGAGAUGGGUCACAACUUGGGUCUGACUCAUGAUGGAAAAUAUUGUACUUGUGGGAGAAAAAGCUGCUUAAUGGCCGCAUAUAAAUUGAAUUCCCCCAAAUUGAGCAACUGUAGUUACGAAUACAUAUAUUCACAUGUUCGUCGAAGAACUUGCUUAUAUGAUGUUCCAGAAACACUAGUAACAAACCUAACCAUGUGUGGGAAUGAGCUGGUUGAGGAAGGAGAACAGUGUGAUUGUGGGGACAAUGAAUCCUGUUCAAAAGACCCAUGCUGUAACAAAGACUGUGUUCUCCAACCUGGUGCUCAAUGUGCCUUUGGACUUUGUUGUAAAGACUGCAAGUUCCUUCCAACAGGAACCAUGUGUCGAAAAGAGAAAAAUGAGUGUGACCUUCCAGAGUGGUGCAAUGGAACUUCAGCUGAGUGUCCAGGAGACGUGUAUAAAGAGGACGGAACACCUUGCAGUGAUGAGGGUUAUUGCUAUAAAAUGAAAUGUCAUCAACAUGAGGAACAGUGUCGGAAGAUUUUUGGCAAUGGAAGCAGAAGUGCAAACAAAAUUUGCUACACAGAAAUGAACAAACGGGGUGACCGUUUCGGUAACUGUGGUAAUGAUAGCUUUUCAUACAUAAGAUGCCAACUCACUAAUGUACUCUGUGGGCGAAUUCAGUGUGAGAACGUGACAGAACUGCCCCAAAGGAGAAAUCAUGAAACAGUGCAUUACACUCACUUCAAUAAUAUCACCUGCUGGACUAUGGACUAUCAUUUUGGGAUAACCAUAGAUGACUCUGGAGCAGUGAGGGAUGGCACAGCUUGUGCUCCAGACUAUUUAUGUGUUGAUAGAAAGUGUGUCAGCAAGUCUGUUCUGGUAAGUAACUGUUCACCACAGUUAUGCCAUAUGCAAGGUGUCUGCAACAAUAAACACCACUGCCAUUGUAAUAACACAUGGGAACCACCAGACUGUCUUCUACGUGGCCAUGGAGGUAGUAUAGACAGCGGACCACCUCCUGUGCCUUUACCUCAUUCCAAUUGGAAUGUAUACUCCCUAGCCUUUAUAAAUCUGUGUAUGGUUGUCGCUAUUUCUUUAUUUGGCCUUUAUAAGUUAAGGAAAGAUUCCCUAAACGAAGUUGUGCCAGACAUCUUACCUAAAUAA